GACCACCUCGGCAACGCUGCGCGAGAACCAGGGGGCCCUCUUGCAGUCGAAGGCGAAGGCCUCGACGCCGCGCAAGAGGGGCGGCCGUUGCGAGCAGCGCGAGAUCGAGAUCGGCAAUGCGCAGCAACUCCUGACGCAUUUUCUCGAGGGCACGAAGGUUGUGCUCGCAGAGGCUUCAUCGAUGGAUGCCUCAGAUGACGACGACCGCGCGCUCAAGAUCACCGAGGGGCUGCAGGCUGCGAAGAAGAACGGCGAGGCGCACAUGACGGGCCUCAAAGAGGGGGAGAAGCGCUGGGGGCGCCAUUUCGAGAGCGG